AUGGAGGUGUGCUUCUUGGCAUCCGGAGAGACGCUGACAGUGCUUGCUGCAGAUGACUUCAGGGGCAAAACGGCAAAGGCAUUGAAGGAAAUGCUAGCAGCUCAGGCUGGUGUUCCCAGGUUCCGGCAAAGACUCUUCCAAGAAGAUGGCUCCUGUGAGAUCAAAGAUGAUGAAAUUCUAGACGUGGAAGCGGUGAAGGUCUCCUUGGUCAGGUUAGAGUUUUGUCCAUCUGAUCCUGAGCAAACCCACGAACUGCUGACUGCAUGUCAACACAAUGACUUCGUCAUGCUCGAAGCAUUGCUUCAGCGGCCUUGUGACCCCAAUACUGCAGAUGAAUUUGGUUGGACACCAUUGCACUACUCUGCGGAAAGGGGGCAUCUAGAGGUUUCGCGGAUAUUGCUUGAAGGAGGUGCAGACAAAGAUGCGCAGGAGCACGAAGACCUGAUGACACCCUUGUUUAUUGCAGCGGCAGAAGGCCACCCCGACAUUGUGGCUUUACUGCUUGAAGCUGGCAGCAACAAAGAUCAACCCCAACGUGGAGGUGCAACGCCACUGUUUACGGCAGCUGCGAAUGGCCACUUGGACAGUGUACGUUUGCUUGUUGAAAGUCGGGCAGCUAUAAAUCAGGCCGACGACCGCUCCGAAACACCAUUGAUCGCCAGUGUGGGCCAUCUUGAAAUUGUCAAGCUGUUGGUUGCGUCUGGUGCCAGAUGUGACAUUAAAAGAAACGAUGGGUUCACUGCCAUCGACUGGGCCACACGAAGGCAAGGGACGCCAUGGGUGUACAGUGGUCCAAAUUUCACCAACCAAGACCAGGCCUGCGCGAAGUAUUUGGACUCUGUGGGCUACCUGCGACGCAUCGUUCUCGACACGCCCGUGGAGGACCUCUUCAAGCGGCCGGAGGCGGAGGGACAGGUCGCAUGGUCUGGAAAAUUGACAGAGGCGUCCUCUACGCUGCAGUUUGCCGUCCGGGCAGCCGAGGUCACCCUUCCUCUGCUGAAGAUACUCAACAUCUCCUACAACCAGGGGACCACCAUCGGCCAUCGCAGCAUAGCAGAUGCCCUGCACGUGAACAUCACGCUGGAGAAGGUCCUCAUGGACCGUUGCGACCAAAGGGACACCGACAACGGCUUCUACUCGCUGAUCGUGUCGAUCCCCGGAAACACCGCGCUGAGGCACCUGAGCCUCCAGCAUACUCUUCUAGGUCAAGCCGGGCUUGUGAAUCUGGCCAAGGUUGUUGCUGUCAACAAGGCAUUGCGGUCGCUAAACCUCAGUGGAAACCUCUUUGAUGAGGAGUCCGCGAUCGCCUGGGCCAUCACGCUGCGUGGGAAUCGCGACUUGCGACAGCUACAUCUAAACGGCUGCCACCUCGAUGAUACGGCGGGGCUGCACCUGGCAGGUGGCCUGACCGAGAACCAAGGCCUGGAGGUCUUGUCCAUGCGCGACAACAGCCUCCGCGACGCGAGUGCUGCUGCAUUCGCGGAGGCGCUCAUGCACAACGGCACCGUGACGCAGUUGAACAUUGAGCUGAAUAGUAUUGACUUCCACCAUCUCUUGAAGUUCAAGCAGCUGGCGCGGCCAAGGGCAGUUCUGGGUUGA